AUGGGUGUUGAUAGAAAGGUCUUCAAUUCUGAUGAAGUCUCUGUGCACAACAACGCAAAAGACUGUUGGGUCAUUAUCAAUGCAAAGGCUUAUGAUGUAACAAACUUCUUAGCUGACCAUCCUGGUGGUGAUGAGGUUUUGUUAGCUGCAGCAGGGAAAGAUGCAAGUGAAGAAUUUGAGGAUGUUGGUCAUGGCAGUGCUGCUAGACUAAUGUUGGAUGAAUUCUAUGUUGGAGAGAUCGAUCCAUCGAGCAGUCCAGAAAAAACAUCAUACACGCCUCGAACGCAGUCUCGCGCCAUUAAUGAUUGUAACAAACCAUCCGAGCUCAUCAUCAAGCUCUUCCGAUUCCUUGUUCCCCUUACAAUCUUGGGUUUAGCUGUUGGCAUCCGCUUCUACAACUGA